UGUGGCUAUCGCGGAAGGGAGCGGCGGCGAACCCAGCUCGGUGAGUCGUCGUCGGCGGCGGCGGCGACGGCGACGGCUAGGACCACGUGACGCGGAUCAGCUCGGAGGCAGCGACGACCCAUCUCUGAUCUCCCUCACGUUCAGAGGCGCGACCAAGCGUCGAGGGGGAGCGCUCGACGGCGAGAGUCAUGCAGGGGGCGCGUGUUAAUCUGAAGGGGUGGCAACAGGCUGCUGUUGCAUUCGGUUCUGCAUUUGGGGCCUUGCUUGACCCUAGAAGAGCUGAUCUGAUAGCUGCUCUUGGGGAGACUACUGGGAAGCCAGCAUUUCAGCGUGUGCUUCAGCGGAUGAGGAACAGUGCUGAAGGCAGGGAUGUUCUCCUGGAGCGUCCUCGAGUUAUAUCCACACAAGUUUCUCAUGCCUGGGACAUGCCUCAGAACACAUUUGGUGCAGCAUAUGCUCAGUUCAUGGGAUCAAGGAACUUCUCACCGGAUGACCGCCCACCUGUCCGUUUCAUGGAUACAGAUGAGCUUGCGUAUGUUGCGACCCGCGCCCGUGAAGUCCAUGACUUUUGGCAUGUGCUGUUCGGCCUUCCUACGAACCUGAUUGGAGAGACUGCCCUUAAGGUCAUUGAGUUUGAACAGAUGUUCCUUCCAAUGUGCAUGCUUUCAGUCGUUGGGGGCUCUGCGAGGUUCAAUGAGAAACAAAGGACACUGUUUUUUCAGCAUUAUUUCCCAUGGGCUUCAAAAGCAGGUCUUAAGUGCACAGAUCUUAUGUCUGUGUACUAUGAGAAGCAUUUUCAUGAAGAUUUGGAUGAAGUGAGGAGGAACUGGGGAAUUAUACCAUGCCCUGAUCCCAAAAGGAGCAGUGUUUAGACUUUUAGAUCGGUACAUUUUGCAUGAAAGAUGUCUGAACUUGGUUUUCACUUUGUCUACGUUAGUAUUAGCUCUUCCCUUUCAAGAAUAAUAGCAAGAGUUAUGCUAUUGAUACCUAAAAAAACUAGUAAUUCUCUUUAACUUAGCAUAGCAACUAAGCUUGCAAUGUUGAUGUUCCCUUUAACAAUAGUGUAGAUGAGUUAAUUACAUUUUUAUGUGUAAUACUAGCUGAAUGCCGGUACUUCGCUAUGGACAGAAGAAAACAUAUCAUAAUAUUGUCUGAAAUAAAUAAAAUUAUAUUUUCCGUGA